GAGACGCAAUGAGGGGUCAAAGGUGAACAUCCCGUCAAAUCUCGCGGUCAAACCUCGCGAGAUCUCGUCGGCUCCAGCGAGAGUUCGGCAUUCGGUGUCCAUUUCCCUCGGCUGUAGGCAUGGAUGUGUUUCUGUGGAUCCGGCGUCACAAGUCAUCCAUAUUCACGGAUGCCAAGGAGUCCACCACAGUGUUUGAACUUAAGAAGAUAAUCGAGGGCAUCAUGAAGAAGCCCCCAGAGGACCAGCGGCUGUACAAGGAUGAUGUAAUCCUGGAGGACAACAAGACGCUGGGGGACUGCGGCUUCACUAGUCAGUCAGCAAAGGCUCAGUCACCUGCUACAGUGGGACUGGCCUUCCGGCAAGAUGAUGGAGAGUUUGAGAAUUUGUUUGUAGCACCCCUGUCAACUCCUCCAGAGCUGCCCGACGUCAUGAAGCCUCAAGAGCAACCAGGCACACAAGACCAGAACGUGCAGUGACUGUAGUAACCCUUGUAGAGAGGUGCUCCGCCCAUGUGGUGCCGCCAAAAAAAUCUGGGCUGGCUGAAGGGGAGAGGCUUUGCCACAAGCAUAGAUUAUCAGUUUGUCAUAUCCAAAAGUAUCAUAGAAGCCCUCUGUAAGGUAUAAGCUUUCAACUGGGCUCUGUACCCAAACAUAUGGGAGGGCUACCUUUCUGUUUCCAAAUGUUUAAGUUAGAGAGUUUGUUCUAAAGAUGUUUAGUAGUACUGUAACAAUCUUCAUUGAGUCCAGACUUGUUCCAAACGAUCAACAUUUGUAGCUACAGCUAUGCUACUUAAUGUCAUAAGCUUAAGAUUUUAAGAAAAAGGGAUAAUACUAUGUAGCUGACAACAAGCUACCCACAUCUCGUGCCUAUUACAACCUAGACAGGACUCUAUGUUAUGCACACUCUUUGCCACCAACAACCUUUUAAGUCGACAAUGUAUGCUACAGGUUUAGUUGACCAAAGAGAGUACACAAGCUGAUUUUAGAAUGGGGGUAGUAGUAUAUUCUUUAGUGUUAUACAGCAUGCCAGUCUGGUAUAGCUGAAACGUGGUGGUUCUGUACAUAGUCAUGCUCGCGCUUGGACGCAAACUCUUGUAGUGCUUGAAGCAUACGAGCAUGUAGAUUUAGAUCUUCAGCCAUUUUGCACAUUGGUAAAAAAUUGGAAGUUAACCUUCUAGUUGUCUGUGCCCUUACCUCAUGCAGUAAAAUACCUGGUGAAUGAAGUACUAUGGAGAAGUGUAGCCUUGGUAUCCAAGCCUAUUUUAAUUGCAGAGUCUCCUUUUGUUUUCUCUCGCAAAUACCGGAGGAGACUCGGGAGCUAUAAUAGGUUUGGAUACCAGGCUAGUAGAAGUGUGCUACAACCUUAAACUGGCUGCAGAAUGAUGUGGUGGUUUAGCAUGCGUACACAACUGCAACAUGGCCACUGUUUUUUUUUGAGACCUUGGAACAAUUGGCAGUUAUGCAAUUCAGAACUGGUUUUGUAGAGGGAUACUGACGAUGUUGCAAGAAUGGCAGCGUCGUCAGAAGUUCACGUGAAUUCGGUAUCGUUUAGACAAGCAACAAAGUCAUGGACUCAAAGGAAAUGUAAUAGACACCACAGAAAGUUCUGCAAAACUCAUUGAACCAUCAUUUGGUCAAUGAUAAUGUUCAGAGUAUUGACCAUCUGAUGUUGUGUAGCAAUGCUCUUCACUGUUCUAUGGGACGUACUCAUUUGUGGAGGAUAUAGGGAUUGGGGAAAGUGUUGUUUUUUCUUUUUUUAUCUGGUAUGCUCUUGUACAAGGGAAUAUUUCCAAUGGAUUUACUGGUUAAAAUAGGUAGUGGUGUAAGAAAUAUCUUUUUUUUGUGCAGGAAAAUGAUGUUAUUAUUUGAUGUGUCCGUGCUAUAAGGUAACUGCAUUAAGCUAUUUAGUGUAACAAUACGGUAGAGGCCAUCUUGUUUUAUUGUCAUCAUAUCUAUAUAUAUCAGGUAGCUUUUGGUUUUUUCUUUGAGUGUACUGGGAAAUUCGGGCAUUCACAAUUGUAGCUUCACAAUGUAAAAAGACCAUUUCUACACAUAACCUGAUUUUUUGUGAGAUGACUAUAUUAAUGGAUGUCUGUUAUUUGGUGAUUUUGUUUUGCUGUAAAAGCAUGUUGUGCAUGUAGGUUUACUGAAGAUUCCACUGGAGAUUUCCAUACCAGGUCAUCUUAUCCACUGUAUGGCUUAUAAUGUAAUCAUCUUCUUGUAACUGAAGCACAUUAAAUUUUGCCUUCCUGUGGAAUAAAA